UCCUCCUGCCUCAGCCUCCUGAGUACAUUUAUAUUUAAAGUAAUUAUUGAUAGCUCUGCCUGCUUAGGACUCUGCCCAGCCAGGAAGGAAACCUACAGGAGGAAGAAUGGCUGCAGGGUGGCUGACAGCCUGGUCACAGAACUCAGUGACCUUCCAGGAAGUGGCAGUGGACUUUUCCCAGGAGGAGUGGGCAUUGCUGGACCCUGCUCAAAAAAAUCUAUACAAAGAUGUGAUGCUGGAGAACUUUAGGAACCUGGCCUCAGUGGGGUAUCAGCUCUGCAGACACAGUCUGAUCUCCAAGGUGGAUCAAGAACAGCUGAAGACAGAUGAAAGAGGAAUUCUACAAGGCGACUGUGCAGACUGGGAAACUCAACUUAAAUCAAAAGAUAUAAUUGCUAUGCAGAACAUUCCUGGGGGAAAAACAUCCAAUGGCAUAAACAUGGCAGAAAAUCAACCUGGUGAGCACUCCCUGGAGUGUAACCAUUGUGGGAAAUUCAGAAAGAACACUCGCUUUGUUUGUACAAGAUAUUGCAAGGGAGAGAAAUGCUAUAAAUAUACAGAGUAUAGCAAAGUCUUCAACCAUCCCUCAACUCUUAGGAGUCAUGUGAGCAUUCACAUUGGAGAGAAAACUCUUGAAUUUACUGAUUGUGGAAAAGCUUUCAAUCAAGAGUCAUCCCUCAGGAAACAGUUAAGAACUCCCACAGGACAGAAGUUUCAGGAGUAUGAGCAAUGUGAUGUGACCUUCAGCCUACCCUCUUCCUGCUCAGUGUGUGAGCAAAUACCUACUGGAGAGAAAGGUGAUGAAUGCAGUGACUAUGGCAAAAUAUCUCCCCUUAGUGUCCACACAAAAACUGGUAGUGUGGAGGAGGGUUUGGAAUGUAAUGAACAUGAGAAAACUUUCACUGACCCUUUCUCCCUUCAGAACUGUGUCAGAACUCACUCUGGAGAGAUGCCCUACGAAUGCAGUGACUGUGGGAAAGCCUUCAUUUUUCAGUCUUCCCUUAAGAAACACAUGAGAUCUCAUACUGGAGAGAAGCCUUAUGAGUGUGAUCACUGUGGAAAAUCCUUUAGCCAGAGCUCUCAUCUGAAUGUGCACAAAAGAACUCACACUGGAGAGAAACCCUAUGACUGUAAGGAAUGUGGGAAGGCUUUCACUGUUCCUUCAUCCCUUCAGAAACAUGUGAGAACCCACACUGGAGAGAAACCCUAUGAAUGCAGUGACUGUGGAAAAGCCUUCAUUGAUCAGUCAUCCCUUAAGAAACACACACGCUCCCACACUGGAGAGAAGCCUUAUGAGUGUAACCAGUGUGGAAAGUCCUUCAGCACAGGCUCUUACCUUAUUGUGCACAAGAGAACUCACACUGGUGAGAAAACCUAUGAGUGUAAAGAAUGUGGGAAGGCCUUUAGGAAUUCCUCUUGCCUGAGGGUACACGUGAGAACUCACACUGGAGAGAAGCCUUAUAAAUGUAUUCAGUGUGAAAAAGCCUUUAGCACAAGCACUAACCUUAUAAUGCACAAGCGAAUCCACAAUGGCCAGAAACUCCAUGAAUGAAAUGACUACAGGAAAGUGUUUGUUGCCCCUCAUGCCUCCUUUCUCACUUUAGAACAUACAUUGGAGAGAAGCCCUGUAAUGGUCACCUGGAAACAGCCUUCUGGCCCAACUCUGGAUGUCUGUUAUACUGGGACAAACCUUAUAAAUGUUAUAGCUCUGAUUGUUUUUAUCAGUGAGUAUUUCAUUCUUAUAUGUGUCACAACUGUAGAUCCUAUAAAUAUUUUAGUUAUCUUUUCAGUUUAAUUGCAUUGUGAACAGAAUACAUGGUCUUCAAUAUAUA